CAAUACCGGUACUAGGACAUUGCUCAAGGUAUAAUAUACUUAUUGACCAUCAUUAUGAAAUGGUCCAUGCCCCGUGCUGCGUAUGACGUCGACUCCCUGAUUGACGAAGAUGCUCUGUCAUCAAAAUAUAAGGACUCUCACUGCUGCUGGUAGUGCAAUCUCUGGCACAUGGUCGAAUGCGGUGGCGGCUCGACAUGCGCUCUUUGCCGAGGCAAUGGCGGCAAUCAAGGCUGAGCCCCCAAACGAAACCAGCUCCAGCCGCUGCCCCGGUGACUGCAGCGGCACCAGCAGCAGCGCCCCGCUUGCUCCCACCACCCACGCAGGCAGCCCUUUCCGCACAAGGCGGACCAGCAGCUCUCCCGCAGCCCCUCAGGGCAGCCUGCCGGUCAGCGGCCGCAACCCGUCCCGCCCUACGUUGGCCGCUAGCAGCAGCAGUAGCGGUUUGGAUUUCUGCACCAGCACCAGCAGUAGCAGCAGCAGCAGUAGCAGCAGCAUUUCUAAGAUCCUAAACAGCAGUACCAGCACUUUCCACUCUUCCGGACGAGGAGGAGCAGCAGCAGCAGCAGCUCUAAGCAACUGUGGACGCCCCUUUCGUUGCUGCUGCUGCGGGUGCUGCUGCUGCUGCGGGUGCUGGUAUGGUCAUGCACACAUCCGCAACUGGGCUGCUAACAUGGCCCCUAGCUGCAGCAGCAGCAGCAGCACCCCUAGCAGCACCCUAGCUGCCAUCAGCAGCUGCAGCAGCGGGGGCCAGCGGCCUGCGCACGUGUGGCGGCGCGCCGGCAGCAGCAGCAGAACCGCGGAGCUCGGUCGGCUGUUCUCAACCUCCGCCUCCUCCAGCUGCGAUCCCGCCUCCUCCUUCUCUUCCUCUUCCUCUACCUCCAGCAACUCCUCAUCGUCCUCUUCCUCCACAACCACAGCCGCAGCCCGGCUGACCGACCUGCGCCACCCCGCUCUCUGGUACCCGCUGGCUCGCAGCAUGCGGCGGAGGGUGAUAG